UAGUUCAAAAGCAAUUUUGCUCUACAUCUAUUUCAAGCCCUUAAUCCCAUAUUUAUUGCUAAUAUUUCAUUUCAAUUUCUCCCCACUCAUUUACCUAAGUCAUUUUGCAAUGGAGGAAGAUGCAAUUUUUAAAUACUUUGAAGGCAAGAGUAUCCUCAUCACCGGAGCCACGGGCUUUGUCGCGAAGGUUUUCUUAGAGAAGAUACUUCGACUCCAACCAAAUAUCAAGAAAAUGUAUCUUCUAAUAAGAGGAAACGACAAAAAAACUAGUGAAGAACGUCUUAAAGAAGAAAUUAUCAACACUGAGCUCUUUCGAGUUUUGAGGGAAGGCCACAGAUCAAACUUCGAUUCAGCUAUAUUGUCCAAAAUUGUUCCAAUGUCAGGCGAUGUAUCGCAGAAUAAUCUGGGGAUAGUUAAUCGACAGCUAAGAGAAGAAAUGUUUCUAGAACUUGAUAUCAUCGUCAAUUCAGCUGCAACGGUUAGAUUCGAUGACAGAUACGAUGUCUCCUUUAACAUCAACACUCUAGGAGCUAUGCAUGUUCGAGAUUUCGCGAUGAAAUGUCCAAAACUCGAUACAUUGCUUCAUGUAUCCACCGCUUAUGUGCACGGCAUGAGGGUUGGGGUCAUACCCGAGAUACCAUUUUGUAUGGGUGAAACACUCGACGGAUCCAAACUUCCGUAUAUAGACUUCGAUGCAGAGAAGACUAUUAUCAAAAAAAAAAUGGAAGAGCUUCAAUCUGGAGAGGUCAAGGCAACGGAAAGAGAAAUUUCAAGGGCUAUGAAGGAUUUGGGCACCCAAAGAUCAUUGAUGCAUGGGUGGCCAAACACAUAUGUAUUUACAAAGGCAAUGGGGGAGAUGUUAGUAGAAAGCUUCAAAGAAAAGGCAAGAGUGAUCAUAUUACGCCCGACUAUCAUAACGAGUACAUACAAAGAGCCAUUUCCGGGUUGGAUUGAAGGCUUAAGAACUAUGGAUAGCAUAUUUGCUGCAUAUGGUAAACGCAAAUUUGAAGUUUUUGUUGGCGAUCCCGAAUCAGUACUUGACUUGAUACCAUGUGACAUGGUGGUAAAUGGUAUGCUCACUGCGAUAGCGGUUCAACCUAAUCACCAUCAACGGCGUGAUCUAUUAGUCUAUCACAUUGGCUCGUCACGAAGGAAUCCUUUGAAGUUUUCAGAGCUCAAGUGGAUCAUGCAUCGUUACUUAGUUGAAAAUCCACUUCUUGACGAAAGAGGGAGAGCUAUCAAAAUAGGGCAACCUAAAACCUUAAAUUCCAUAGCCAGCUACCGUGAUUUCAUUACAACCCGCUACUCACCAUUCCUCACGAUUCUAAAGUUCGCUAACAUAGUUUCUUGCAACCUAUUGGAGAACUUAUAUACAAAAGAAAGUCGACGACUGAACCAUGCCUUGCGUUUGAUUGACCUUUACAAGCCUUAUAUAUUUUUCAAAGGGAUUUUCGAUGAUGCUAAUGCUGAAAAUUUACGAAGGGCUAUAAAAGGGCGUGGUGACAUUCAUAAGGAUAUGCUCAAUUUCGAUCCAAUGUGUAUUAAGUGGGAUGAAUACUUAGAGAAAACUCAUUUCCCGGGAGUCGUCAAACAUGCUAUGAAUUGAUCUACAAAGAAGGAUUGUUGAAUAGAUUUUGAGUUGAAUAAUUUGCGUUAAAUUCAUAGUAAAUCUAGUGUGUUUGAUCAUGUUUACAAUUGUUUUCGCACCAUGUUCUACAACUAUUAUUAUUAUGGAAAUAAAGUCUAAAUGUAAGGGUGUAUGGAAAUUAUUUUCCCUACUAGUUUGUUUGGAAAAAAUAUUCUGUUGGAGUUUGAUUUAUCUUGUU